AUGGGUGCUAAGAUAGACAGGACAAUAAACAAUGGGUCAUCCCCUCCAAUUUUCAGAAUCCGUGGUCAGAACUUCCAUCGUAUUGGUAGCCUGAUUCCACCAAAUGGGACCUAUCCGAAGUUUGCACAAUUGUAUAUUCAUGAUACUGAUAAUGAAAUUAAGAAUCGUAUUACUUCUGUCAGGGAGAACAUAGCUACACAAGAUUUGCAUGUUGAGGUGGUGGAGGACAUUAAGGAGGUUUUAGACGGGAAUAAUGUGUUGGUUAAAUCAUUCCGUAUGGCCAAGGCAGAAAUUGAGAGAAAUCCACGUGUAGAGAUAAAAAUGAGAUUAAUUGGUAAGAGAACUAAAGAUGCAAGAACUUAUAACCUACCAACGACGUCAGAGGUUGCUGCACUUAUUGUUGGUGAUUUAGAUCCAUCCAUAGGCCACAGAGAUAUUUUGGUUGAGAGCAAUUCCGGGGUGCUUAAGCGAAUUACUGAAUUAAAUCCAUCAUACCUACCAUUGCAAUAUCCUAUUCUAUUUCCUUAUGGGGAAGAUGGAUAUAGAGAGGAUAUACAGUUUGCAACCAAUGGUUCUAACAACAACAAUGCAAGGCAACGUAUAUCUCAACGGGAGUAUUUUGCUUAUCGAUUACAUGAAAGGUUAGAAGAGAUUUCUACCAUAUUGUAUGCUCGGAGGUUAUUUCAACAAUUUAUAGUGGAUGCAUACACAAUGGUUGAAUCUGCCAGGCUUAUAUACAUAAGGACACACCAAAAAUCGCUGAGGUGCGAAGCUUUGAAAGGACUGACAGAUGCAUUGACGCGAGGUGAAGUACAAGCUAGCACCCAAGGAAAGCGAAUACUUUUACCAUCAAGUUUUACGGGCGGAGCAAGGUACAUGAUCCAGAAUUACCAGGAUGCAAUGGCCAUUUGUAGACACAUUGGUUACCCCAACCUAUUCAUAACGUUCACGUGUAAUCCAAAAUGGCCCGAAAUACAGCGGUACAUUACCAAGAGAAAUCUCAAUGCAGAAGAUCGUCCGGAUAUUUUAUCCCGUAUAUUCAAGAUGAAAUUGGAUUGUCUAAUAAAGGAAGUAAAGAAUGGUGAGCUUUUUGGUCCUGUGAAAUCAGUUAUUUACACCAUUGAAUUCCAAAAACGUGGACUACCGCAUGCACAUAUUCUAAUAUUCCUCAAGAACAAAGUUGACAUGACGAGUCCGACGUACAUGGAUUCAAUCAUAAAGGCUGAGGUACCAGACAAGACAAUGCAAAUGAAAUACUACAAUGCAGUCGAGGAAUUCAUGGUUCAUGGACCAUGUGGAAUCGCCAGAAGGAAUUCUCCGUGCAUGGUUAAUGGAAAGUGUUCAAAGCACUUCCCCAAACGAUUUGUAGCAGAGUCUAAGUUUGACCAGGAUGGGUAUCCAGUUUAUAUGCGUCGGGACAAUGGUAGAACAGUCAAGAAGAAUGGUAUAGAACUAGACAACCGAUAUGUUGUCCCGCAUAAUAGAUAUUUGCUUUUGAGGUACAAGGCUCAUAUCAACGUAGAAUGGUGCAACCAGUCGAGAUCAAUCAAGUACCUCUUCAAGUAUGUCAACAAGGGUAAUGACCGUGUCACAGCAGAAUUCUACAAUAGUACCAUCGAUGAAAACGGUGAGGAGGUGGUGGAUGAGAUUAAUAUGUACUAUGAUUGUAGGUACGUUUCAGCAUGCGAGGCAGCCUGGCGACUAUUCAGUUUUGAGGUCCAAUAUCGGACACCGGCUGUUGAAAGAUUAAGCUUCCACCUUCCAGAUUGUCAGUCCAUUGUAUUCGCUGAUGAUGAAAAUAUUGAUAAUGUUUUAGGUCGUGAAACAGUGGGACAAAGUAUGUUCAAAGGAUGGUUCGAAGCCAAUAAGAAAUAUGAAGAUGCACGCUCAUUAACAUACAUUGAAAUGCCCAAUAAAUUUGUUUGGAAGAGAGAUAUUCGAGAGUGGCAUCCAAGAAAGAAGGGGUUUUCAAUUGGUCGCAUCUUCUUCGUACCUCCUGGUAGUGGUGAAAUAUACUAUCUUAGAUGUCUUUUGAAUAUUGUUCGUGGACCAACCAGUUUUAAAGACAUUAUGACAUUUAAUGGGGUAGAAUACAUGACAUUCAGGGAUGCAUGUUACGCACGUGGAUUAUUAGAUGACGACAAAGAGUAUAUUGAUGCAAUUGAGGAAGCAAGUUAUUGGUCAUCUGGACAUGCGAUGAGAAAGUUGUUUGUUAUACUAUUGCUUUCAAACUCAUUAUCCAGACCUGAACAUGUAUGGGAUGAGGUGUGGCAUCAUUUAGUCGAAGAUGCUGAAUUCAUGCAUAGAAAACAACUAAAUAAACCAGAUUUGAUACUAAAAGAGUGUGAGAAAAAAAACUUCGGUUUAAUUGAGCUAGAAAAAUUGUUGAUAAUACACAAUAAGUCUCUUAAAAACUUUCCUCCGAUGCCAACACCUAACAUGGAUGAUUCAAGAUUGGUUGAUAACAUUUUGUUAUUUGAGGAGUUGAACUAUGAUCGCGAAGCACUCCAAGCAGAGAGCGAAGAAUUGGCAUCAAGAUUGACUGAUGAGCAGAAAGAGAUCUACAACACAAUCAUCCAAAAUUUGUCUAAUGGCAGUGGUGGACUAUUCUUCGUUUAUGGUUACGGUGGUACUGGGAAAACUUAUCUAUGGAAGGCGUUGUCAUCAACAUUGCGAGCUAGCGGUGAUAUUGUUAUCAAUGUGGCAUCCAGUGGUAUUGCGUCGUUGUUACUUCCUGGUGGUCGAACCGCUCAUUCAAGGUUUUCCAUCCCUAUUGCAAUAAACGAAGACUCCACAUGUAAUAUUAAACAAGGUAGCCAUCUAGCCGAAUUGAUCGUCCGGAGUAAAUUGAUUAUAUGGGACGAAGCUCCUAUGAUGCACAAACACUGCUUUGAAGCGUUGGAUAGGACAAUGAGAGAUUUGCUUCAAUUUCAAAAUCCAACAGUGCUGACCAAACAUUUGGUGGAAAGACGGUGGUGUUUGGUGGCGAUUUCCGGCAAAUAUUACCAGUUGUACCAAAAGGAUCUAGACAGGAUAUUAUUUCUGCAACAAUCAACUCAUCGUAUCUAUGGAACAAUUGUAAGGUUUUGA